UCCAAUUACUCUUCCCAAGAAUACCAAUUGAGCUUCAGGAAAGAAUCGCAAGGCCGGUCCUUGCCUAUUACUACCCCUCCGACGCCACCCCACAAAGCAAAAUACAAGAAGAAACAACCAACCAGCACAAUGGCGCCAAUUCUCACCACCACGCCGACAGUCCAUGUCGCACCCUCACCACUCACCAAAGAAGCCUUCGCUCCCUUCGGCACCGCAGUUUACUCUCCGCUCCCCCGAGAUCUCAACCAAGCACCAUCCAGCGUUUCCUCCCUGGCACCACACUCCCCCACCCCAGUCCUGGCGAACCAAAACUCGGCGCUGAAAUACAGCCCCAUCUCCCCGCUCCAAGACAACUACACCGGCCACUGCCCCAGCAACCAGCCCUCCUCCGCCCGAAUGACCAUGUUCAGCUGCUUCCCUCGCCAACUGCGCGCCCUCCCGACCAAAACCACGAAAGUCUUCGACGUCCGCAUCCUCGAACGUCACCCCUUCACGACCCAGACCUUCACCCCGAUCGACCUCUCCAGUCAGUCUACUGCCGGUGGUCAGGAUGAGCCGUGUUUCUUGGUUGUGGUUGCUCCGACGUUGAAGGGGCAGACCGCUACGGCUAUGACUCCCUCCGGACCGGUUACGGUCAGGGAUCCCCCCGAUCUGAAGAAUUUGAGGGCCUUUGUGGCGCGGGGUGGACAGGCGGUUACGUAUGGGGCUGGGACGUGGCAUGCGCCGAUGGUGGUGAUUGGGUCCAGACGGGUGGAUUUUGUGGUCGUGCAGUUUGUUAAUGGGGUUGACGAGGAGGAUUGUCAGGAGGUGGCAUUUGGGGAGGGCGUUGUGGUUGAGGUGGAGGGAGAGGGAGAGGGGAGGGCUGUGGCGAAGCUUUAGGGUUAUGUGGUUUUGCUCCUUGUUGAUGAUGGUGGGUGAUGAGGGGGUGAGGCUUGGGUUGUGAGGUUUAUGAUGUGAUGUAUUAUAUCCUGGGAUGGAAGGGU